AUGUUCAUUUUAAUCGAAAAAAAAAUACCAAUCAUCAUUGUUCCUAUAAGUGAAGAUGAAGUUGAUUACGAUGAUAUGGAACAUUUGAUUCAACUCUUGAACGCGUUAGCCACAGAUAGUAAUCGCCAUCGAGCGAAAGCUGAACGUAAGGUUCAGAGGUCUGUGUUUCGAGAUGUACUCAAAACUGUAGAGUGCGGAGAUCGCGUCCAAGAGCGGCUCAAGAUUAAGAAACAAACAAUAUACUUUUCUAGUUGGGCAAAGAUUCUUCAAUUAAAUGCUUUUCGGGAAAUAUUAUCUGAAGGAUUGCACGUACAUUUUCAGGAAAAUGAAUUGCUCCAAGCAAUCUUUGAAUUCGUGCCACCUCCUACCUUGGUUUCCAAUCGACUCAGACCUGACUCAGCGUUAAGCUUUCAUACUACAGGAUCCGAUACAGACAGUUCAGUAACAAAUAAGAGAAGGAAUAAAAAGUUGAAGGGUAGAAAACUUGGUAAAAGAAAAGGUGAUCUUUUAGAAGUUGGUUAG